AUGUUUCUCUCUGCAGUGGUUCACUCAGCUCAGGGUCACUACGCCCACAAGCUUCUGAAUGAUCUGAUGGAGAAUUACUCCAGCGCCCUGCGGCCUGUGGAGGACACGGACAGAGCCCUCAACGUCACCUUACAGAUCACCCUGUCUCAGAUCAAAGACAUGAAUGACACAAAGCAUAAAACAUUAAGUCAAUUUUGGAUCUUACCUAAAAAGGCACACACGACAAGACACGACCAGCUCUUUUGAUUGUUUGUCUCGAACUGAAGUCUCUCCUCCUCCAGAGCUGACGAUGACUUCUCAGGGCCGAUGGAUACCAACGUGAGACUGCGCUACAAUGGAGAGAUAACCUGGGAUGCUCCCGCCAUCACCAAGAGCUCCUGUGUGGUGGACGUCUCCUACUUCCCCUUCGAUAGCCAGGAAUGUAACCUGACUUUCGGCUCCUGGACGUACAACGGUAACCAGGUAGACAUCAUUAUGGGCAUGGACAGUGGUGACCUGUCGGACUUUGUGGAAAACGUGGAAUGGGAAUGCCACGGGAUGCCGGCCACCAAGAGUGUCAUCAUGUACGGCUGCUGCUCCGACCCAUAUCCGGACAUCACCUACACCGUGCUGCUGCAGCGCCGCUCCUCCUUCUACAUCUUCAAUCUCCUCCUCCCCUGCUUCCUCAUCUCCUUCUUGGCUCCUCUGGGGUUCUACCUGCCCGCAGACUCUGGGGAGAAGGUUUCCCUCGGAGUGACGGUUCUCUUGGCUCUCACUGUGUUUCAGCUGAUGGUGGCCGAGAGCAUGCCUCCAUCAGAGAGUGUGCCGCUCAUAGGGAAGUACUAUAUUGCCACAAUGACCAUGGUCACAGCCUCCACAGCUCUCACCAUCUUCAUCAUGAACAUACACUUCUGUGGUGCAGAGGCCAAACCAGUCCCCCACUGGGCAAAAGUCCUCAUCAUUGACUACAUGUCCAAGAUUUUCUGUGUUUACGAGGUGGGUGAGAACUGUGCCUCCGCCUCCACCUCCACCUCCUCUUCGUCUUUUCACUCGCCGCAGGAUGACAUCCGUCACCAGCACCUCAGCUCCAACAGUCAUGCAAACGGAAAACCGGGGAGCCACAGUCACAGAGAGGACCGACAGAAUCAGAAAUACCCUAGGCCCCAGACCCCGAAACCACAGCACCACCCCAGAGUGAAAGCUCAGCACCACAUCACUAGAGACGAGAGGAGCGAGAGGAGCAAACUCUCUGCCUUUGUACCUGGAAAGUAUGAUGGCUCCAAUGGUAGAAUCCCCACAGGAGACUGCUGUAAAGACGACCAGACUGUGCCCUGCUGCCCCGAAGACAAAAAACCUCUGCCUCAAGGCCCCACUGUAACUUUUGGCCCCUGCGUGUUCUGCAGCCAUGGCAGCGGCAUCCCUGGUGUGGACACCAAGCUGGUGCGGAACGUUGAAUAUAUCGCCAACUGUUUCCGAGAGCAGAGGGCCACAUGCGCCAAGGGGGCAGAAUGGAAGAAGAUCGCUAAGGUGAUGGACAGAUUCUUCAUGUGGAUCUUCUUCAUUAUGGUUUUCCUCAUGAGCAUCCUUAUCAUCGGCAAGGCACCAUGACCAAGCAAUGUUAUUUUUCAUAAAAAGAUUUAUGUAGAAAAACAAAUCUUUAUUAAUAAAAACAAUUAUAUAUAUUAUGGUGAUAUGGAAAUAAAUUGAAUUGACUUUUUUCCCAGUGCACAUCCUGCAUUCCUUAAUAAUAACAAAAAAUUAAAACCCAUCAUUUUAAAAACAGUUAUUUUGAGUCCAACAUUAUAUUUUUGCUCUUCAUCAAAAAACAAAGCAAAAUGUGCCAGACUAUAUCGAAUAUGCAGGGAAUGCCAAGAACCUACAAUGAAUAUAUUCAUAUAUCUCUGUUUUCAGUUUUCUGAAUUGUUGUUGUAGCAUCUAUUUUGCCUACUUCGCUACCUGAACAAUACAAACCAUCUCCAUUGACAGAAUGUAACCUUAUCCCCAUCAAUCAUUGCCAUCAUUUGAAGGCACUUUUUCAUAUAUGUCCCACUGAAUGAAGGGGAUCUGCUGUCAACUUAAAAUAUGACCAGUGGAGAAAACACUCCUUCACCACCGUGAAAUCAGA